GUGUGCUUCUUACCUUAUGUGGUUUCUUUUCACCAGCAGGGAUCCUUUCAUGGUUUUUCAGUGUCCAAUCUCCACUGUCCUUCCAGGAAAUGGAUUUAUUAAUUAAGCAACACCAUGGCUGGAACACAGAAAGACUUUGGUGAAAUGGAACUUGCGGAGAUUUUGAAAGAGUGCCUGAGACAGUGUAAGUCUCUGCUGAAGAGCCCUGGACUUCAGAAUCCGAUAGAAUGGAGAUCGCUCCAGGACCCACGGUGCAUUCUCGCAGAGUCCUUGUGUGGGAGCGCUGCUGCACCGACAGAAAUUCCAUCCGUCCACAAGACAAAGAGAUGGAGAUGGCAAGGGGAGAUGGACUCCCGUGAGCGCCAAAGAUCUCCUUGUCCCCAAAUCCGCAGGGUUUUUCUUAUGCUCAAUCUUGUGGAUCACUCUGGGCCCUCCUCCAAGACUCUCCAGUCUUCCUCUUUCAUCUUCCUCUGCUAUUCUUCCAGUACUUCUCCUCUAGUUUCUCCUCGAGCUUUUCCUUCACUGUUGAUGCCAUACAAGAGUCAUCCUCCGUCACUAUUCUUCUACACGUUCUUCCUGGUAAAUCUUCUCUCCCCAGAAUUCAGCAGCCACUCUGUGUGGAUGAUCCUCCAUCCUGCGCUACAAGCCCUGAAACUCCCACCUCACGCUGACAGCCAUUCCCCUGGAUGGGACCCAUUGGCAAUCUGUUCCGAAAAAGGAAGAAAAGGCAGAAAUUCGCCCACAACUUUUGUCGCUGCAGCCAGGUGACCAGAGAAAUGACGUCCAAGAUGAAAGCCUUGUGCCGGUCAAACAGCUCAGCUAAAUUGGCCUCCUCUAUUGCUGAUGGAAAGCUGAAUUUUCCAGUGAACUUCCACAAAGCUGCCACCUCAUCAAGGGGUUCUGGGAAUGAUAUUUUGAGGAAAAUCUGUCAUGGAAACCUUUGAUUUUCAUUUGCAAUAGAGGAAAGACAUCUAAGGCGAAAGCAACAGCCAGUUGUUUCGCCUGCCGUUCUUGCUCACUCACAAGGCCCGAUGCCAUCCCUUUCCUUUCUUUCUCUCGUUUCUUCCGUCCCAUGUCCUCUCUUCCUUUCAGUUACUCAGCAUCUGACAUUUCCCAAGAGUUUUCGGGGUGCCAAGCACGGAGGCAGUCUCUAAAAGCUACUUUGGAGUCAUCCCAAAAGCUGGGGGACCUGAACCUCCCCAGCCCCUGCAGGUGACGGCAAUUCCAAAACCAAAUGGAAAAACCAGAACGUAGGGAUUUGUUUUACUGAGUGCUGAAACACUUGAUGUAUUAUUGAAGUUGUUAUUAUAGCUUUGGAGCUUGACGUUGUUAUUGUAGUUUUGAAUAAUCACAAACAACAUGUGCAGUACUUCUUGAAAGCAGACACUCACAGCACACUUUACAAAACAGUUAUAAUGCAUGAAACAAAUGUGUACAUUCAUAAAGAUGUAAACAUUAAGCAUACCAUGUUAUUAUAAAUUAGCAGGUAAAAUUAACACGAUAACUUUAAAAAUAG